AUGGCAGACUCCAAAGUCAGGUUGAAGCUUUUAGUUGACACAAAGGGUCAGAAUGUUCCUUUGGCUGAAGCUGGAAAAGACUUCAUAGAUUUUCUCUUCUACCUUCCUUCUUUGCCUGUCGGCACUCUCGUUAAGCUCUUGGGAAAGAAUAUCAAGGGAGGUAGCCUACCUAAUCUCUAUGAAAGCAUUGAAACUCCUGGUGAAACCUAUAUGCAAUCAAAUCAAAAGAAGAACAUACUGCUAAAUCUUAGAUCUUCAAAAUGUGCCACUGACAUCCCUCUUUUGAAUCUUGAAUUAAAGACAGCAAAGGUUUACUUAUGUUCUAACUGUCAAAAAAAUGGGGAUGAUGUUCCAAACUUGGUUUGCCCUUAUUGCGAGGAAGAAAUUCACCCUGAUGAGCUUAUUCCUGAAGAUGCCGUGGACAAGGAGACAGUUGUUGAUGGAGGUUUUGUUAAAGGGACGGUGACUUACAUGGUGAUGCCAAUGUCUACUAUAUCUAUUAUUUCUUUGCUUAAAAGGUUUAAUGUUAAAGACGUAGGUGCACUUGAGGAGAGAGUUGUCGAUUUCGGCAUCUACGAGGGUCUGAAGCUGCUGAAGGCAUCCAUGGAAUGCAAGAAUGUUUUAACUACCGUCUUCUUUGAGAAUAAGAGUGCAUAA